AUGCUUGCCCAUCAGGUGCCACUGUAUACCCUCAUCUGUCUGCUUCUUGUCCCUCUGGUCUAUGGAGACCAGCAGGUCGUCAAACCAGGUCCUACUGCUGAAACCAAUAUUCCAUUACAUUCAUUCUCCUUGCAUUCCCCUUAUGUCGAAGAGAAUCUAAACAACCGAUGGUGGAACUUUGGAGGAGAUUGUUAUGUCGAAGUAAUGAACUAUGUCCGUCUAGCUCCUGAUCGCCAAUCCAAACAAGGGUGGCUAUGGAGUCGUGUCCCCUUCACAUCCGCAUCCUGGGAAAUAGAAUUCGACUUUAAGGUCCAUGGCCACACUACCGCCCUCUACGGCGACGGAUUCGCAUUCUGGUUUACUACUGAACGUGAAACCCCCGGUCCCGUAUUCGGAUACAAGGAUGAAUGGACUGGGCUCGGCGUAUUCUUUGACACGUAUUCAAAUGGAAGACAUCGUCAUACGUUCCCAUACGUGUAUGGCAUCCUGAAUAAUGGGACUCAGAAAUACCAGCAUGAGAACGAUGGAUAUGAUCAGCAGAUGGGUGGAUGUAGUUCGGAUUUCAGAAACAAGUAUGUGGGUACGAGGGCUAAAGUUAGGUAUAUUCGGGGUGAAUAUUUACAGGUUGACUUGAACGUUAAAGGAAUGGACACCUGGGAAACAUGCUUUACAGCCAACAAUGUUUCGCUUCCCACAACCGCAUAUAUAGGAUUUACUGCUUGGACGGGUGAAGUGUCUGAUCACCACGACAUACUCCGCAUCUCAUCAUCCAGCAUCAUAAACCCAGAAAAGCGAGCACGAGGGCUCAUGCGUCCACCAGCAGAACGUGUAGUGCAUGCAAUAUUCGCUCCUCCAUCAGGAUCAUGGCUGAAUCACUUCUACACCGGCAUGAUGUACCUAGGGUUUGUGCUCUUAGCAUCAACUUUACUUGCUGGCAUGUAUUUUGCUUUUGCGACAGGCAAAUCACAGACCAAACGCUUCUAA